AUGCAAUAAUAAUUAACAUCUCAAGUUAUUUUAGAUCGUAAUCAAGAAUUCAAAGGAGUUGAGUUUCAAUUCAACUCUAGAAAGAUUGUUGUCGAAAACAUCGAUCCUCUAGAGCCAUUAUCAAAAUAUAUUGAUGCUGAUAAGCUCAAUGAAAUUCUCAAUUUCAAAAUUGAGGAUCCUAAGAAAGGCGAGGAAGGCAUCAAAUUGAAUUAACAUAUUAAAUAUUAUGAUUUUUCAAGACCUCCCACUGGUAUUCCUAAAAAGGCUUUUAGGGCAUAUAGUGCAAUCGCAAAGAAAAAGAAGUGAAUGCAUAUCAUAAUUAUUAUUUUGGCUAUUCUAGAAAUAUAUUUAAGCA